AUGGCAUCUCUCGGUCUCAUCGUUUUGUCUGAGCUUCCCAGGAAGCAGCCCUCUACAACCGGUGCCUUCAUGACUGGAGGAUCUCCCAUCAGAUGGGUACAUGAUCAGAUCCUUAGGAACGACUACGGCGCCGUCUCCCUAGUCACCAUCACCGACGCCAACGCCCAGCAGUAUCUGCCUGCAGAGGCCCGCAUCCUCGUUGCCAACCUCCCCAGGAGCUACGAUCCAGAGGUCCUCAGAGAACAGCUCAAGGGAGUGUUCUCUUACUUUGGGCUGAACUGGGUACACAUAGAAAAUCGGUGCAAGCACACCGUCGCCUUCGUCCAGUUCCACAACUUCCAACAGGCGGACCAAGCCAUCACCUACGAUCAGAGGAUCAACUACUGCUGUAGGCCUCUUCGCAUCGAACUUUGCAAGGCCGGACACACCCGGCGAAACAAGAUAGUUGAGUAUUUUCAAAGUCUUCCCCGCAAUUUUCCCGAUUGA